CCUCUCUCCCUCCCUCUCUCGCUCUCGGGACCACAGACAACGCCUGGAAGAAUUUGCAGAAGACAACUGUGUGUCUACUCUCCAGGACAUAAGCAUCUUUAACGCCUAAACUAACAGUGAAGUCAUGCAGGUGGAGAGGAAAUGGCACAUUCUGUUGACUAUCUUCUUUCUGCUCAGUACCUCGGGCCACUGCAUGGACAGCAAGGAGGUCAAGCAGAAAGAAAGAAGGACCCUGUUGGAUCUAAUCUUACAAGUUAUCAGGGACAGCCAGCAACGGGACAAACCUGACUCCAGGCGCUGUAACAGUGGACUCUUCACCUCAGCCCAAGACAUGAAGUUCUCCUCCCGUGAAAAGCCUUUCUAUGUUUCAAGGCUGGAUAACAGUAGACUCAUAGAAAUUUUUCCUAGAGAUGUAAACAUGAAAGACAAAUUCAUUCAGCAUUUCACAGCAGGACCAGUCAAGUUCUCGUCGGAGUGCAGAACACACUUUCAUAGACUGUACCACAACACAAGGGAUUGCUCAAGACCAGCAUAUUACAAAAGAUGUGCAAGAUUGCUAACACGAUUAGCAAUGAGUCCACUCUGCAUGCAAUCGUAGAUAUUGCGUGUCCCCAAACAUUGGAAGAGGGAUCAAUGUAUUGCCAAGGAAGUGCCUUCAAAUCCACAGCAGUCAUGUGAACAUUGUUGUUUACAGUGUUUCUGUUUUUGUUUUCCCUGUCGCCAUGAGUGAGAAUGCUGAUGGACACGGCUGGUUGUUUGUGAGUGGAUUUGCUUUUUAUUUUAUUUUAUUUUGUUGUACCUGUGUGUAACAUAUGCAUUAGUAUUUUUAAGCAAACACUGAUUUAAUAUAAAAUGCACCUAUUUAUUGAAAGUGUAUGUAUUUAAUGAUUCAAAAAUCGGAUUAUUUUGUUAAUAAAAGUUGUAUUUUUUUGUUAUAUAUGAAUGCCUCUCAGGCUGUUAUGCUGAAAGAUUUGUCUCGCUCCAUCAUUGUCCUCAUUACCUUUUAUUUGGCACUUGAGUAACUGCUGACAGUGAGAAGAUACGGUGGUGAUAAUGCCCUGCAGUGUUGAACAAUAAAGAAUUUUGAAGCACA